UGUAAAAACUAUGAAAACUUUUAUUUUAUGUCUAAUCCCUAUGAUCACGGAGCUUCUCCAUUUAUGCACCUAAGUGAGAGAGAGAGAGAGAGAGUGAAACUCUUCCAAAGAAGCAGAAGAAUAAUGUUCCAAAGAAGGUGCAUUGUGGUAACAAUAACAUAUGUAUUAUUUGGAUGCAUUAUUGUGGAUCAUGGAAGAGCAACAAUGGUGAAUCUCACACUCCAAGGACAACAUCCAAACCCUGAAGCUCUUGUUACACAACUUCAUAGUAAGAUUAAUGCUUCAAUAGCAAGAAGGGAGAUGUUAGCAUCAUCAUCAUCAUCAUGCCUAACAGGGAACCCCAUUGAUGAUUGCUGGAAAUGUGACCCAAAUUGGGCCCAAAACAGACAAAGGCUAGCCGAUUGCGCAAUUGGGUUCGGUCAAAACGCAAAGGGGGGAAAAGGUGGCGAGUUCUACAUAGUAACCGAUUCGUCGGACAAUGAUGCUGUAAACCCUAAACCCGGAACCCUAAGAUAUGCCGUGAUUCAAAAUGAGCCACUUUGGAUAGUGUUUCCUAGUAACAUGAUGAUUAAGCUUUCACAAGAACUCAUCUUCAAUAGCUUCAAGACCAUUGAUGGGCGUGGUGCUGAUGUGCACAUUGUUGGUGGAGGGUGCAUUACUCUUCAAUAUAUUAGCAAUGUUAUCAUACAUAACAUUCACAUUCACCAUUGUCACCCCUCAGGUAAUGCUAUGGUGCGAUCGAGUCCAGAGCACUAUGGAUACCGCACUGAAUCGGACGGUGAUGGCAUAUCCAUAUUUGGAUCGCAUGACAUCUGGAUCGAUCACUGCACUCUAUCUCGUUGCAAGGAUGGGCUUAUUGAUGCAGUUAUGGGCUCAACUGCCAUCACUGUGUCCAACAACCACUUUUCUCAUCACAAUGACGUAAUGCUCUUGGGCCAUAGUGACCACUACUUACCUGACUCAGCCAUGCAGGUUACCAUUGCCUUUAACCAUUUCGGCGAAAAACUCGUCCAGCGCAUGCCACGUUGCAGGCUAGGAUAUGUUCACAUAGUCAAUAACGACUUCACUGCUUGGCAGAUGUAUGCGAUCGGGGGCAGUGGAUCCCCUACUAUUAAUAGUCAGGGGAAUCGAUACACUGCUCCCGACAACUCAUUUGCCAAGCAAGUGACAAAGCGGUUGGAUGUCGGGGAAGGCGAGUGGACAGGGUGGAAUUGGAGGUCAGAAGGGGAUGUGAUGGUGAAUGGAGCAUUCUUUGUUCCAUCAGGGGAAGGUGCUGAGGUUAAGUAUGAGAAGGCUUAUAGUGUGGAGCCUAAGUCUGCUGAUCGCAUUUCAUUGCUUACUAUGUCUGCUGGAGUUCUUGGUGUGGCUAGGGACAAUAACCUUGGCAUGUGGACUAGAGGACCCAACGAUGGUGGCAGUUAUAUUUCAACAAACGGUCCAGAAUUCACUGAUGAAAUGUCAAAGGCUGCAAUGCUGUUUCCACCUUCACAUACUUUCACAUUUGUAUCUGUUCUUGUUACAAUGCUCUGCUUGUUAUCUCACACAAUUACUCCCCUAAUAACAUUAGUACUAUAACAA